UGCUGCGUAAACGGCUGCGAGAAUCGCCGCCGCGCGCGCUGCAGGCGUAAGCGGCGGGACUUUGCCCCCGCCCCGCCGCCGCCGAGCUCAGCGCUCCCGUCCCGCCGCCAUGGCUGCCCCGGGGCCGGCGCGGCUCUUCCGGGCCGCCGCCGCUUCUUCCCGCCGCUGGCUCUUCUCCUCCACCUCGCCGGCAGCCGGGCCGAGGCCGGGCUGCAGCGGCGCUGCCGCCUCCGGGAGGGCAGCGCGGCCGUUCAGCCUUUCUGCCCGGGCGGCCCUCAGCUCAGAAGAUAAAAUAACUGUUCACUUCAUAAACCGUGAUGGUGACAAACUGACAGCCAAGGGAAAACCUGGGGAUUCACUGCUGGAUGUUGUUGUUGACAAUAAUCUAGACAUAGAUGGUUUUGGUGCAUGUGAAGGAACGCUAGCCUGUUCAACUUGUCAUUUAAUAUUUGAAGACCACAUAUUUGAGAAACUAGAUGCAAUUACUGAUGAAGAGAUGGACAUGCUGGACCUGGCUUAUGGCCUCACAGAAACAUCACGUUUAGGCUGCCAAAUCUGCUUGAAGAAAUCAAUGAAUGAUAUGACUGUUCGAGUACCAGAAGCUGUGGCUGAUGCUAGACAAUCAGUAGAUAUGAGUAAAAACUCCUAAAAGAAAAUAUCCUAGGGGUUUUAAAGAAGCUUAAUUAUUUUUAUAACUUAUUUUUAAAUGUGUAAUUAAAUAUGGAAACUUACAUAAUUGUGAGUUAUUUUAUAUGACUAUCAAUACUAGAUUAAUGCUAUUUUAAUUUU